GUGGGUGUGCUGAAGCUGCUGCUGUUGCUGUAGGCCAGAGCUUUUGCAGUGGAGCUCAGAGCUCAGCCUUCCUCGGCCCCCGUUGCCACUCCCACAGCCGGAGCUCCACCCCGCUGCUGCUUCCUGCUCCCCUCGCAGCUCCGUUUCCACACCAUGGGUCGUGUGAGAACCAAAACCGUGAAGAAGGCCUCGAGGGUCAUGAUCGAGAGGUACUACUCUCGCAUGACUCUGGACUUCCAGACCAACAAGAAGAUUGCCGAGGAGGUAGCAAUCAUUCCGUCGAAGAGACUCCGCAACAAGAUCGCCGGGUUCGCCACCCACUUGAUGAAGCGCAUCCAGAGAGGGCCAGUGAGAGGAAUCUCUCUGAAGUUGCAGGAGGAGGAGCGCGAGAGGCGCAUGGACUUCGUGCCGGAGGAGUCGGCCAUCAAGACCGACGUGAUUGAGGUGGACAGGGAAACGAUCGAGCUGUUGGCACACUUGAACAUGCCCCAGCUUCCAGGAGUGGUACAGCAAGCUGCUCCCACCACAGGAGGAGGGUUCUUCAAGCCUCAGGGGGGAGGUUAUCAGGGCAACAGGAAUAGGAAUUAGAUGGUACCAAGAGGGUUGUAUCAUGUAGCUCAGUCCUGUACCGGAUCCAGCUCCUGACUCUCUCUUUGAAGAUGAGUUUAAUUUUUUCCUGCCUACAGUAGGAUAAUGAAGAUGAGCUUCCUUCCUACAUUAUUCAUGGACUAGGAAGGAUGGUUGCUUGGUUAGCUGUUUUAUCGGUAUUGUGCAGAACGGUUAUAAGUUCGAAAGCCACGCACUGGAACCGAUUUGAUUGAAAGCAUGUAGCGUUAUUUAGCACUUCUUAAACCUAUUAAGCUAAUAUACACUUAUCUCUCACUCUCUUCAAUUUCUUUA